AUGAGUAAAAGAGCACGCAGUGACACACCACUAGGAAGGGUGAGUGGGGCAGCGUUUCCUUCUCCCACUGCUUCUGAGAUGGCGGAAAUCAGCCGAAUUCAGUAUGAAAUGGAAUACACUGAAGGCAUCAGUCAGCGAAUGAGAGUCCCAGAAAAAUUAAAAGUGGCGCCACCGAAUGCCGACCUGGAACAAGGAUUUCAGGAAGGAGCUCCGAAUGCCAGUGUGAUCAUGCAGGUUCCGGAGAGGAUUGUUGUUGCAGGAAACAAUGAAGACAUUCCGUUUUCAAGACCAGCAGACCUUGACCUUAUCCAGUCGACUCCCUUUAAACCUCUGGCGCUCAAAACACCUCCCCGUGUUCUCACACUGAGUGAAAGGCCGCUAGAUUUUCUGGAUUUAGAAAGACCUGCUCCAACCCCUCAAAAUGAAGAAAUUCGGGCAGUGGGCAGACUAAAAAGAGAGCGUUCUAUGAGUGAAAAUGCUGUUCGCCAGAAUGGACAGCUGGUCAGGAAUGACUCUAUGUGGCACAGAUCAGAUUCUGCCCCAGGAAAUAAAAUGUCCAGGUUCCAGGCACCGAUUUCUGCACCGGAGUACACUGUGACACCGUCGCCGCCCCAGGCCCGGGUCUGCCCUCCCCAUGUGUUACCCGAAGAUGGAGCUAAUCUCUCCUCUGCACGUGGCAUUUUGUCACUUAUCCAGUCUUCCACUCGUAGGGCUUACCAGCAGAUCUUGGAUGUGCUGGAUGAAAACCGCAGACCUGUGUUGCGUGGUGGGUCUGCCGCCGCCACUUCUAACCCUCAUCAUGACAACGUCAGGUAUGGCAUUUCAAAUAUAGAUACAUCAAUUGAAGCAACUGCAGAUGACAUGACUGUUGUAGAUGCAGCUUCUUUAAGACGACAGAUAAUCAAGCUAAAUAGACGUCUACAGCUUCUGGAAGAAGAGAACAAAGAACGUGCUAAAAGAGAAAUGGUCAUGUAUUCAAUUACUGUAGCGUUCUGGCUCCUUAACAGCUGGCUCUGGUUUCGCCGCUAG